AUGGACGCUCUAUGCUGGGUAUUUGGGUCAAGAGCGCAUGCCCUUCGAACGGAGCGAAGUUCGCAGCUAAUAAAUGACCGAUCGCGAAUGGAAGGAAAUCAGGAAGUAAAGGUGGAGGUACAGUUCACUCUGACGGAUGCGCCCUCCAUUCCUGCAGGAUUUUCACCGCAGGAAGUGUUUUGCUCGCUUUCCUCUCUUCCCGAAGGGAGCGAAACCUUGCGGAUCACAGUGGGUCGCCGUCUUUGCAAUCGUUCACUGGAUUAUUUUGGUCGACUGAACCAAGGCAGCUCAUUCCCCCUAAAAUAUAGUGAAAUCUGUCUGCUACUGGAGUCGCUCGCGAUCCAAGUGAACAUUCGAGGGAAGUUUAUCAUCCAACAAUCGGAAUUGCUGGUUAAUCUGCGGCAAAGCAAAACGUAUCUGCUGGAAAUGAUCGAAGAGUGUGCAGGCAAUGGAAAACUCGUGACUCAGAUCGAAGAACUGUUGAAGAAACGAGCGGAUCUGAUCACGCAAAAGGAAAGCGUCUCGACUCAUCUGGAAGAAAUGAAGCAGUUUUGUGAAGAACAUCAGUCAGAACUCGAGUUGGCAGAGCGAGUGAAAGAAACAGAGGAAAAGGUGGAAACGUUGAAGCGAGAAGAGGAGAGCUUGGUAGAGAGAGAGCGAGGAUUGAGGAGAAUUGUGUUGCUGCGAUUGGAUGAAGAGUAUCCAGCGCGAAUGGAGAGUUUGAAAGCAAAGAUGGAAUCGAUUGACAGCGAACUGAAUGGACUUUGGAGCGAAAAGAAUGAAAAAGAAACGAUCCUCGGCGAGAAAGAAAAGGAAAAGCGAGCUGCAGAUAAGCGACUGGAUCAAAAGCAAGCAGAGUUCAAUCGAAUUGCGAGUAAAAGAAAGAGGCUGAAACGUGAGCUGAAGCAGGAGCAAGAGAAACUGCUGUACACGCUGGAGAAGAAGAAGGAGGUGAGAAGCCAAUUGGAGGAGCAAAGCAAACAGCAGCAAGAACUGAUUGAAGUGCUGAAUUGCAGCAAAGAGGAGCUUCCAGGCAUGAUCGAACUGUUUAAAAGCCUGGAGAGACGGCGAAGAAACGCGAAGGAAAUCGAGGAAUUGGAGAAGCGAGAAAUCGAUUUGGAGCAAGCGAUCAAAACGCAGACGAAAGCCACAGAGGCGAAAACGAUUCUUUGGAAUGAGAUCCGGUCCGUUCAGCAUCGUCUUCGAGAAUUAUCACCUCCAUCCCGUUCCAAGCCUUUCAUUCCUCCCUUCUUGAAGGAAAUGCAGCGAAUCCUCGACUCCGUUCGCUCAGACGCGAUCCGCGGUCUGCUCGCGUUUCUCCCCAUCCAAGUCACGCACUCCGAAUUCAUUCUGCCUGCCUCCAUUGCCAUCCAGCACGCUCUCUCCACCACAAUCGUCGUCGAAAACAGAGAAACAGCGAUCCAAGUCGCCGACACGUUCCGCAGAGAAAACGGAGGCGUGAUUACAUGCAUGAUUCUCUCCGAGUUGAAUCAAUCCUCUGUGAAAUACCCGGCGAUUUCACACGCUCGGCCGUUAGUCGAAGCGAUUCAAUGCGCGGAGGAAUACAAGCCGUUGGUUCAGAAGCUGUUUGGAAGAUGGCUGCUUGUAGAGAAUGAUGACAGUGCGAUCCGCGUGCAGAGAGAAGUGAAUGGAUGGGACUGCGUGACGAUGGAUGGAGUUGUGUACUCCGCGAAGGGAGAGGUGCGACAGGUGGAAGAAAGAAAGCUGAUUCUGUUGAAAAGUGUUGAAAUGAAACGGACGAAUGAGCGUGAAGUAGAGACAAAACGAAAGGAAUUGGAAGCACGACUCAGCGAAUUGCAAAGCGAUGUUCGAAAGAUUGAAAGCGAAUCAGGAACCACAGACAUCCAAACUCUCUCGUAUCGCAGAGAUUCUAUUCGAUCCGACUUGGAACAGAAGCGAAAACAACUCGACUAUCUACAAAACUCCUUCCAACCCGCUCGAUCGCUUUCGGCGUCGCAGGAAGAUUGCAUUCGACGCUGCCUCCCCACGCUUCGAUUGAAUGAAGCUUUCACACGAAAGCAGCAAUUGCAGGCAUUGAAAGAGCAGGAAGAAUCGCUUCAACGCAGCGUGGAGAAGGCGGAGGAAUCGCUGGCGAGGCACAAGGAAGAAUUUCCUCUGAAAAAACGAAAAAGCGAGUGUGAAAAACUGGAAAAAGAAAACGAGGCGAUGGAGGCGUUGCUUCUCGAAGAUCGAAAAGCGGUCAAACAGCUUCGGAUCCAAUGCAUCAAACUCGGAAAAGCGAAAGAAAAGCUCAAGCUGGCCAUUCACGAUGAGCAAACCCAGAGACAAACGCGCAAGCGCGAAUUGCAAUCCUCGUCUCUCGCUGAAUCUGCGUUUUCCGCUGCUCUGAACGCUGAACUCGCUUCCGUCCCGCGAGGAAAAGAGCAGACUCUCUGGACCGAAGCGACGAAAACACUCUCCAAUCAUCGCGAAAAAACACACACGGCCGCGCAUCUUCUACAAGGCCUGCGAUCCAGGCAGAACCUCGCAGUGCUGAAGCAGCUUUCGGAGUACUCUUCCGAGCAGUCGGAGAUGCGGCGAGCGCUCGACGUCAUCAUUAGCGAUCUGUCGCGCUGCGAAAGCGAAGUGAAAUCACGCGAAGAGCAGCGUUUUGCGCAGCUGCGCGAUGCGAUCUCGUCGAUCAACCGAACCCUGAGUGUUCUCUUUCGCGAGAUCACUCACUCCAUAUCCACUUCACACGAUCGAAUCCCAUUGCAACUCCUUCACUUAGGGCGAUUGCUACAUCAAAUACUCGCAGGACUACUCCACCACCUACUCGCAAGGCGUCAUCUUCCGCUGCAAGCUCGACGGAACGCCGUGGAUGCUCUACCCCCAGCUCUCCGGAGGCCAGCAAGCGCUCUGCCUGCUCGCGCUCGGCUUUUCCCUUCCAUCCAGCCAUGCCCCAUCGUGCUGGCUGACGAAAUCGACGCUGCGCUUGAUGUGGAUAAGGUGAGGCUGCUGGGCCAACUGCUGAGAAGACUCACGGCAGAGAGGGAGAUGCAGGUGCUGAUGAUAACACAUAAGCAGGAUGUGAUUGGAGAGAGCAAGCAGCUGGUAGGGACGUACUACGUCGAUAACAGCACACAUAUCGUUACGGCUAUUACAUAA